UACCCUUCGCCUUCGGAUCUCUUUCACUCGUUUCCUAGGUUUUUCUAAAACACUGUCGUUUUGAUAUUUCGAGAGAAAAAUCUCUCUUCUCUUGUGGUACUAAAGUAGGAUUCCUCUCAAAUCUCAAUCGCCGAUUACAGUAGUUUACUACUCCUCCUCCGCCGAGGGCACAUUUCUCCGUCAGCCAUCUUUUCUCAGUCGGGAAGCAAAUCAUAGUUAGAAAUUGGAGAUUAUCUUCAGUUGUUAGUUAAACAUUGACUCUUUCCCCUAAACUUACCUUUCCUCCAACAUGUUCAAGAAGUUUUGUUUGGAGGAGAUUUCAUCACAAAACCAAGUGAAGGCAUCUGUUCAACGUAGGAUCCGCCAGAGUAUUCAAGAUGAGUACCCGGGACUUGAAACAGUGAUGGAGGAUCUACUCCCCAAAAAGAUUCCUCUUAUCGUAGUGAAGUGCCCAAACCAUCUGACCCUUGUCGUUGUCAACAAUGUCCCCCUCUUCUUCUGUAUCCGUGACGGGCCAUACAUGCCAACACUGCGACUUCUUCAUCAAUACCCAAAUAUAAUGAGGAGGUUUCAAGUUGAUAGAGGUGCCAUAAAGUUUGUUCUCUCUGGUGCAAACAUAAUGUGUCCUGGUCUUACUUCCCCGGGAGGCGUUCUGGAUGAAGAAGUUGACGCUGAAAGGCCAGUGGCCAUAUAUGCAGAAGGAAAGCAACAUGCCUUAGCAAUUGGCUUCACCAAAAUGUCGGCCAAGGACAUAAAGGGAAUAAACAAAGGAAUCGGAGUGGAUACAAUGCAUUACCUCAACGACGGUCUUUGGAAGAUGGAGCGGCUAGAUUGAGGACGAAAUUAAAGGUCCAUGUUGUCGGAGAGAGAUAUCAUGAUCUCCUUCUCUAAACUUAUGAAGCUUUUGUCCGGAUCAACCUUAGCUUUGUUUUGAUUCGCUUACAAAUAUAUAAUGUUUAUUUUAUGAGGGAGCAUCAACCUUAGCUAAGGUUUCUACAGUUUCUAAUUCCGUAUAAUCAAUGGCUUUUUACGUCGUAAGCAA